AUGACCGCCAUCCGAGACCUAACGGCUGAGGUUAAGGGAUUAAAAUUCGCCCUCGAUGCUAAUGCCAGUGAGCCUGUCCUGCGAAAACUGCAUGAAAUUUUAAUAGACAUCGGUGUCAAGACCCAUGACUUGGCCGAAUUCAACGACGAGGACGACGAUAUGGUUAGGCUACUCGAUUGUUCUGACAGCCAACUUGCCGGAGAUGUUAUUGAGAAAGUCGAAGAACAAUACCAGAUAUACUUUCACUGCGCUUUGACUCUAGUGCAAGUGAGUCUCCCAGUCACAUUCAGGGAGGCUGGAAUAUCUUCGACCCAUUACAAUAAUUUACAAAAGGGUCGUGUAGAUGAUGGCACUACCAAGAAUACCCGAUCAGUACCAGUUAAGACAAUAAUUCCACGCGUCGUACAACCCUCCAGAGUGAAACCAUCUGUCACACCUGCAGCUCGAAACAGUCUUUCCAGGAACAUCACAAGAUAUCUCCUUCAGAACCAGUUCUUAGUCAGAAAAGUAAAAGGAGAGGAGUACAAGUAA